UCUCUCUUGAUAGGUUGAUUUGCAGAAGAUGAUCCUCAUUUUCUAUGUUGUUGUGGCUCGCGAGAGUGCUUGGUUUUUUGAUUUUUUACCUUUCAUUUUUUCUGUUUUGAUUUAGCUACAUGCACAUGGAAAAGUAGUGUCUGAAAAUCAGGUGGGAGUGUAAGAACUGUAGAGAUCUGCGCGAUUGAAUUGACGUUUAGCUCGUAUAAUUGAAGUCUCAGAACGUGGUUGAUAAUCUAGCGCGACAUGGAGCUGAAAUUCUCACUUCUAGCAAUGCAUAUCUAAAAGAGCCGAGCAGUUUCUAGGUUGGAACAUGUUCCCGACAAAGAGUUCUGAUUUUCCUUAGGAAUGGGUUUUAAGAAUGAUUCUCUAGGCUUUUGGUCCGGCACCUGCGACGCCCUUUAAACUUUUCUUGCAUCUUCGCGCCAUUCGUUUUCUAUAACAAAGCAGUGAGGAUCACGAAGCUAUAUUCGUGUUAUCUGGUAAAGGGUAAAGCAUAUGUGGAAUAAGCAAUAUGCAGUAUGAUCUGAUUGGUUUUCUUCUUUUACUAUCUACUUUCUUUAUCUCCUUAGAUGGGCAAUUCAGAUAUAAUUCACAUCAUAGAUGAAAAACCUUGACUGAUUUCUAUAACAGGACCGAAGUUCCUUAAGCUUUGUAUGCGUGGGACUUCUGGUUUUUUUAUUCGUUAGGAACCAUCCUUGGGAUCUUGACAGUUUGAUGGCUACAUAAGCCUGGUGUUAAAGCCAUGAUCAUGUCUGUUUUGAUGGUUCUCUACUGGAUGCCUGGUUUCCCGUUUAUAGUUGAAUCAUUUGUUUAUGUGUAGCCAGUUGAUAGAUAACAUUAGCAAGAAGCAUUCUCAUACGGAGGCGUAUAAUGGUACUGACCCUUGGAUGGGGUUGGCAUACAGAAUCAUGACACCAAAAUAUUGAAGCUUAUGAUCCAAAGUAAAAAAAAAAAAAAAAAUGGAGAAAGUCUGUGAAUUCUGCAUGGCUUUGAGGCCUGUCAUCUACUGUCAAGCCGACGCAGCGCAACUUUGCCUCUCUUGUGAUGCAAAAGUCCAUUCAGCCAAUGCAGUGUCUAACCGCCAUCUCCGAUCUCUCCUAUGCGAUUCUUGCCGGUACCACCCAGCGUAUGCCCACUGUCUGGACCACAAGAUGUAUAUCUGUCGUAAUUGUGACAGGAGGAUCCACGAUGGGUCUUGUCAGCAUCGGAAGCAGGCAAUCAACAGUUACAUGGGAUCCCCUUCAGCUAAUGACUUUGCACAAUUAUGGGACUUAGACUUGAGCCAAUGGGGCAAUCUUGCUUGCACCGGUCCAUCUGUUUCCUCUUCCCACAAAUUCAUGGAUUUGGGCACAAUAACUGCGGAUACUUCAGGUUCUGUCUGUCCAGGGGAAUGUAAUGUUGGAUCAAGAAAUCAACAAAGAGCUAAGACAUCAUGCAACAGUCAACAGAAUCAGUCGUCUUGCUUCAUUAUGCGACAGAUUUUUGAUUUGAGAAAGCUACAACUAAAUGAGAAGAUGGACAAUUUGCCUUUGAUUUCUGAUCAAGAGCAAAAUUAUUUGUCUCCGUCAUUUUCUCAUAGUCCAAGGAAGUUCAAUGAGACUACUGAUCAGAGUUUACAGAGCUGCCACGAUCUUUCUGGUGAAAGGAAUACCUUGCUCCGGGAUCUGAAUGUGGAGACCUUUCCUUCGGCAUUUUCCACACUAGGGAACGUACCAUCAUCUUCAACCUCUGGUAAUCCUAGUCCCUGGCAAAGCGAAUCCAUCUGGCAAUGCAGAAGCCCUUCUCAGACUAGUCAGUUUUGGGCCCAAAAUAUGCAAGAUCUUGGGGUAUGCGAAGAUCUGGUUUGCCAUGACAAUUUGAACAUUCCAGAAGUUGAUGUGACAUUCCAAAACUACGAAGAACUUUUUGGACGAGAACAAGACACGAUCCGAGCUCUGCUUGAUGAAAGCGAGCUGGCAUGUUCUUCUGUGGACAAGGAUGUUCCUCUUGAUGACUCAGAGAAUAGCCAUGCCGAACUUCUCCAGGAUAUUUCAGUGGCUACAUCUGUUUGCUUCGGCGCCACCCCAGUUAUGGACGGAGACACAGUUCUUACCAACCAGGUUAAUUUCAUACAGCGGGGGACCUUGGAUCUGUGCCCCUCCAUUCGACGAUCUUAUUCGAUGUUGUCACCCUCAAUUUCAAGGCUCAGUUCAGAAAGCACCGGUUUAGAUUCUCUUGAAAGCGGUCUUUCACCCAGCAUCAUUAGAGGAGAACAACAAUGCGACUCGCAUGAGGAGGGCAGACAAACCGACAUGAUGAGCAAUACGCACAGAGAGAAACCUCGAAGAGGAACGUUCCUUCUUCCAGGCAUGAGAAAAGAAUUCAGAAUGCAUCCCGAAGAGGGAGAGCAGCAGAUGCGCGGAAGCGUAUAAAGGGAAGGUUAAAGACCGACGGGGCAUGAAUCUGACAUCGUCGGAGUCGCGAGAAGCAACUGAAAAUGGGUCUUCCUUCGUCUUCAUGUCUUGUAGCUGCGCUGUACAUAUAUGAUGAGCUCUAAGAAAUUACUGGGGCCAUGGAUCUUGUCCUGCUACUUUCUUUUGCUUUCUGAAAUGUAAAUUAAUUCUCUUUAUCUCGAGCAAACGCAGGCAAAAAUACAUGCUUAGAGUGUCAUUAAGGAGUUCCCAUGGGAUUAUGGAGAAG